UGUCAUUUCAGACUGUUUCUGCUUGUAUUUGCAACAUGGGCUCCGUGCUACCCGCCGACGCUUUGGCUCUCAAGUCUGGAUUUAAGUGUCCGAGCCGCUCGCUGACAGACGUGAUCACCUCGGACAUCCUGCACAGCUUCCUGUACGGCAGGUGGAGGAACGUCCUGGGGGAACACCUGGCGGAGGAGCGGCAGAGCGUCGGCCCCAAGACGGCGUUCACCGCCGAGGUGCUGGCUCAGUCGUUCGUCGGAGAGGUGCAGAAGCUGUCCAGUCUGGUGCUGCCCAGCGAGGUGAUCAUCGCUCAGAGCUCCAUCCCCGGAGAAGGUCUGGGCAUCUUCUCAAAGACCUGGAUCAAAGCAGGAACGGAGAUGGGCCCGUUCACAGGGAGAGUCCUGUCCCCUGAACACGUGGACCUGCUCAAGAACAACAACCUCAUGUGGGAGGUGUUCAAUGAAGACGGCACGGUGCGCUACUUCAUCGAUGCCAGCCAGGAGGACCAACGCAGCUGGAUGACUUACAUAAAGUGCGCCCGGAAUGAACAAGAGCAAAACCUGGAGGUGGUGCAGAUCGGCAGCAGCAUCUUCUACAAGGCGGUGGAGACUAUCCCGCCGGACCAGGAGCUUCUUGUCUGGUAUGGAAACACCCACAACACGUUCCUGGGAAUCCCUGGAGUUCCGGGAAUAGACGAAGAACAGCUGAAGAAAAGCAGGAAUGAGGCCAGAGAGCACGCGACGGAAUCUCAACGGCUGUUUUCUCCAAAAUCGCCCACCCUAGCUUUAAUCUCUUCUCCCUUUUUGUCCCCUCUCCUAGAAGAGUCCCACUCCUGUGAGGGCCCCUCCUCUUGCUCCCCACCCGCCUCCUCCACCACCACGGCCGGUCGGAUGCGCUGCGUCAUCUGCCACCGCGGCUUCAACUCCCGCAGCAACCUGCGCUCCCACAUGCGCAUCCACACUCUGGACAAGCCCUUCGUCUGCCGCUUCUGCAACCGCCGCUUCAGCCAGUCGUCCACGCUCCGGAACCACGUCCGCCUGCACACCGGGGAGCGGCCCUACAAGUGUCACGUCUGUCAGAGCGCGUAUUCCCAGCUGGCGGGCCUGAGGGCGCACCAGAAGAGCGCGCGGCACAAACCGGUGGCGCACGCCGCCGACGUGUCAUCCAAAGUGUCCCCUCCUCCCCCACAGAUGACGGCCAUGCCCCACCAGCACCACAUGCCAAUGGUGCACCACAUCCCCACCAUGGUGCUAUGAUGACAGGCAGGCGGAGGGACAGUCACGCAGAAGCAACGUUGCACUUUAGGUCAUAGCUGUAGUGGAGCAGUAAAGGAGAUCCUGUUGGGACAGGCCUUCUCUGAGGAAAUAAAGGAGUUGAUGUGAUGGCAAAGCAUCCCACAGACUUUUAAUAGGUUGCCUUAUAUGUAUUGUCUUGUUUCUUUGGCUAUCAUGUGAUCAGAAUUCCAGCAGAAAGAUGUUUUAAUGUUUGUCUGUAUUUUUGGAAAGCUGAAAUAUAUGCUCAAAAAAACAACUCUGAAGAUUUUACAAAAAAGUUGUAAUUCUCUGUAUAAAAUUUAAACCUGAACAAGUGUCAUAUAUCACCACAAAUGUGAGACAAAAACGAGAUUUCUACAUUUUUAAACUGUGUCUAUUUUGCAUCACAUCCUCACCAGCUCAGGUGAAAACAGUCAGAGAUAUGUAGAGUAAGGGACGUGGCCACCAGUGUACAUUGUUUCAGCUGCAUCCUCACUGUAAACUGAAAUUGUCACUUUAAUCUUGCACAGACUGUAUACUAUGCUGUUGUGUAAUUGUAAAAAAAAAUGUAUUGUAUGCUAUACUGUACAUGUGAAUGUAAAUACAUUUGUGCUUUCUUC